AAUCAGUGUGAGUGUGAACUUUUCUGCGCCCACAGAGGUCAGUGUGUCGUCACGCCCGAGCGCACUGCCCUCAUGUGUAACUGUAGACAGCUGAAUGACCCGCUGCGUCCUCUGUCAGCGCCGGGCUCUCUUGGACACGCAUGAAAGGAGGACAGCGAAUGCUCGACGCUCCGAUUAUUUUAUUCUCACCGAUCAGGUUUUAAUUUCCACAAAGGCAAAUCCAGAGGCAGCACGAGAAACCUCCAUGGAGCCUCCUCUUCCUCCUCCUCCUCCUCCUCCUCCUCCUUCAGCCAGUCCUCCAGGAGAGUUGGAGUUAACGGUGGAGAAUGUGGAAUCGGCGCUUUACCAGCUUUACUUCGAUCCAGACAUGGAACGCAAGAACUUGGCCCAGAAGUGGCUAACCCAAGCCCAAGGCUCUGCACAGGCAUGGCAGUUCUGCUGGGCCCUGCUCAGUCCAGACAAGCUUCCAGAGGUGCAGUUUUUUGGUGCCAGUACCCUCCACACCAAGAUCUCCCGUCACUGGAGCGACCUCCCCACAGACCAGCAUGAGAGCCUCAGGACUCAGCUCCUUUCCCACAUCUUGCACUUCUCCUCGGGGCCCAAAAUGGUGCUGACUCGCCUGUGUGUAUCGCUGGCUUCCAUGGCUCUUAAUUUAAUCCCCCAGGCUUGGUCCCGGCCAGUGGCAGACAUGGUGAGGGCAUUCCAACCGCAGAAACCUGCGUCUGAAGGUGGCUCUGAUGCGGACCCCUCUCCUGACCCGCAUACACACUGCCUGGCGCUGCUGGAGCUCCUCAGCGUUCUUCCAGAGGAGUUCCAGAGCAGCCGCCUGGCUCAGGCUCGCCGCUCACAGCUGAGAGAGGCCCUGACUGCCGAGUGGACGGUGGUGUGUCCAAUGCUGCGUCAGCUCCUUCAAAGCCAGGACUCAUCAGACCAGGUGAAGGAUAAGGUUCUGCGCUGCCUGGCGAGCUGGGUGGGCCUGGACGUGCCUUUGGGAGAGAGUCAUGAACUAGUCCAGGACUGUUUCAUGGCACUGUCCAAUCCAGAGCUGUUUGACACAGCUGUGGAGACAAUAGUGAACGCCAUCUCACAGCCUGACUGCCAAAGGUAUGUGGAUGCUCUGGUGAACCUGAUGCCUCUGGUGCUGGGUCUUCAUGAGCAGCUGAAGACAGCGGUGCAGGGCGGGGACAUGGAAACCUCACACGGUAUCUGUCGCAUCGCUGUUGCUAUGGGAGAAACACACUCCAGGGUUUUGUUGGAACAGGUGGAUCAUUGGCAGGAGUAUUUGGCUUUGGUCAACAUGAUCCUGUACUGUACUGGCAUUCCUGGUCAUUACCCAGUCAGUGAGACCACCAGCUCGCUCACACUUACCUUCUGGUACACUCUGCAGGAUGACAUCCUGUCUUUUGACGAGGAGAAACAGGCAGUUUACCUGCAGAUUUACAGGCCGAUUUACUUCCAACUGGUGGACGUGCUGCUGCAUAAAUCCCACUAUCCAUCGCAGGAGGAAUUCACUUCCUGGUCCUCUGACGACAAGGAGCAGUUCAGAAUUUACAGGGUGGACAUCUCGGACACUCUGAUGUACGUGUAUGAAAUGUUGGGGGCGGAGCUGCUCAGUAACCUCUACGACAGAUUGGGCAGACACCUCAUGGACCCCCAACAGUCGACAGUAUGGCAGGACACAGAGGCCUUGUUAUUUGGCUUCCAGUCCAUAGCUGAGACCAUAGACGUGAACUACUCUGACGUUAUCCCCGGUCUCAUUGGUCUUAUUCCCACAAUCAACAUCAGCAACGUUAUGCUGGCCGACACUGUCAUGUACACCAUAGGGUCCCUGGCCGAGUGGCUGGCCGAUCACCCAGUCAUGCUGGGCGGCAUAUUACCCAUGGUGCUCCAGGGUCUUUUGAAGGCGGAGCUGUCUGUGUCUUGUGUGUCAACACUUAAGCGGAUCUGCAGGGAAUGUAAACACGACCUCGGCCCCUUUGCUCAGGACAUCCUCUCAGUGUCACAGGAUGUCCUGGUUAAAGAAAUCCAUAAGAGCAGCCAGUGCAUGUGGCUGAUGCAGGCUCUGGGUUUCCUGCUGUCUGCUUUACCUCUAGACGAGAUUCUGGGCCGACUUCACUCUCUCAUCACUCCUCACAUCCAGCAGCUGGAGACGCUGGCCCAACAUGAGCCUAAUCCUACUAAUAAACAGCCUAUUGUCCACGUCCUGGGGAUGUUAUCGAGUCUUUUUACCACUCUGGACAUCAACAGGCAAACAGAAGACUUUGACGGAGCAGCUGCUCCCAGAUUCACACCCUCACAGUCCAUGGAAAACCCAGUUGUGGUUGUGCUGCAACAGCUGUUCACACUGAUCCAGACCAUCCUCAGCAAGUGGCUCGAUGACUCUGAAGUAGUAGAGGCAGUGUGUGGGGUCUUUGAUAAAUCAGUUCGAACCCUCCUCCAUGAUUUUGGGCCCAUGGUGGCUCAGCUGAGUGAGAUGCUGGGUCAGAUCUAUAGCGCCUUCCCACAAGCUUCUGCUCUGGACCUGACCCGACAGAUGGUUCACAUAUUUGCCGGCGACGAGCGUCACAUCUUUUACAUCCAAAGCCUCAGUGAAGUGUUGACUUCAGCGACGCUUACUGUAUUUCAACAAGGUCCGCGGGAUCAUCCUGAUAUCGCUGAGUCAUUUAUGCACCUUCAUGCUCAGAUUCUUAAAAGGAAGCCCGAUUUGUACCUGUCCAACCAACUGGAUAAAAAAGCACUGUUUUACUGUGGAAUUCUGUCACUCAAGUUUCCAGAGACGCCCACAGUAAAAGCUGCCAGUCUGUUCUUUACAGAGCUGCUGCCCCGCUGUAAGGACAUGCCAGCGCUUGGUGAAGUGCUUCAGAGGGAUGGAAAGCUCCUGACAGAGACCAUCCUCCAGGCGGUCGGUGGCAGCUCUCCUCGCAGUCUCACGGAGCAUUUCUCUGAGGUGCUGCUGAGUCUUAACCGACACUGUCCGGCUUUAUUGUCUCAGUGGUUAAAAGAAACACUACAGACGCCAGGAUUCCCUUCUGCUCAGGUCUCUGCAGAACAAAAGCACACCUUCACUCAGCAGCUUCUAAGGGAGCAAAACAACAAGCGUCAGGUGAAGGAGGUUGUAAAGGAGUUUUCUCUGCUCUGUCGAGGCCUGCAGGGCUCUGGAUACUCAGAUUACUAAUCUGAGCCUGCCAGUGUUAAAUCUGACCUUUUGCUUCCUCAGGUUGCUGAGAAAGGUACAAAAUAAAGAAACACACACACACACACACAAACAAAAACUAUUUGAAUCUGUUUACGUGCCAAAUAGGAAUUGGACAAAUGAACUCGGACAACCAAAGACGCCAGCAUUUGGACCGAACCAAAGCAACGAUGAGGACGAACACGUUUGUAAUAAAGUGUCAGUGUUGGUUCCAAA